GGUUUCCGGUGAGCGGCAGUAGCCGGUUAUGACGACUCCCUCCUCUGGAACAGCCGCCGUCUCCUCGCCUCCUGCUCGGUAGUCACGGCUGCGCCGGCUCCAGGCCUGUGGAAAUCUAAUCAAGGGUUUCGGGAGUGGAGUGAACCCAGCUGCUUUGAGCUGAAGCAAAAGUAGCUUGGCCACCAAAGCGUCCGGUGCUGGAGGAGUGCAGCCACCCAUCCCGGCAGGCCUUGCAGGAGGACCGACACCAGGAAGGCUUUGUGCCAGGUCCAGCAGCCACCCUCAGCCGUCUUAUGCAAGUGGGUACAUGCCCUCGGCAGAAGCCAGCUCUCUGAUCUGCGUCUUUAGACUUUUUUCAUCGCCUAAGCGUUACUUCUUCUCUACGGAUUGGUGAGUUUAGUGAUGGCCAGAGCUCACUGGAGGACAAUGGACUUGGAUAACCAAAGGUCAGGGCUUGGUCAUAGCAAUGACUUUUAUUACCGGGAAGGACGAGUCAAAAAAUAGGAAGGUCUGGGAACCCUCAGAUUCGCCACUCUAGGAUUUAGAGACCUGAAACAUCGCAGAAGCUUCUGAGUGGUUCUGAGGAUUCAAGAGGUUUUCAGGUUGCUAUGUUAAUACUGCUUGUCUUUGGAGUCUUACUUCAUGAAGUCCCACUGAGUGGCCAAAAUGAAGCUCCACCUAAUACUCAGAGCAUUCCAGGCGAACCUCUGUAUAACUAUGCCAGCAUCCGCUUGCCAGAGGAGCACAUUCCCUUCUUUUUGCAUAACAAUAGGCAUAUUGCCACUGUCUGUAAGAAAGACUCUCUCUGUCCAUAUAAGAAACACCUAGAAAAUCUAAAGUACUGCUGGGGUUAUGAGAAAUCCUGCAAACCAGAGUUCAGGUUUGGUUACCCAGUUUGCAGCUAUGUCGACAUGGGAUGGACGGACACUCUUGAGUCAGCUGAGGACAUUUUCUGGAAACAGGCUGACUUUGGAUAUGCCAGAGAGAGGUUGGAGGAGAUGCAUGUGCUCUGUCAGCCUAAGGAAACGAGUGACUCAAGUCUAGUGUGUUCCCGUUAUCUUCAGUACUGCAGAGCAACCAAUCUUUACCUUGAUUUAAGAAACAUCAAGAGAAAUCAUGACAGAUUUAAGGAGGACUUUUUCCAGAGUGGUGAAAUUGGAGGGCACUGUAAACUUGACAUCCAUACGUUGAUGUCUGAAGAUCAGCGCAAAAGCCCUUUGCAGUCAUGGUUUGCUGAGCUACAGAGCUAUACUCAGCUCAACUUCAGACCUAUACAAGAUGGUAAAUGUGACAUUGUCAUUGAAAAACCAACAUAUUUCAUGAAAUUAGAUGCAGGUGUUAACAUGUAUCACCACUUCUGUGAUUUCAUCAAUCUUUAUAUUACCCAGCACGUUAAUAACUCAUUCAGUACUGAUGUGUACAUCGUGAUGUGGGACACCAGUUCUUACGGAUAUGGUGACCUAUUCUCUGACACAUGGAAUGCAUUUACUGAUUAUGACGUUAUACAUUUGAAAACUUAUGAUUCUAAAAGGGUAUGUUUUAAAGAAGCUGUUUUUUCAUUACUCCCCCGUAUGAGGUAUGGGCUGUUCUAUAAUACUCCUCUGAUAUCUGGCUGUCAAAAUACUGGACUAUUCAGGGCAUUUUCCCAGCAUGUACUACACAGACUAAACAUCACACAAGAAGGACCCAAGGAUGGAAAAAUUCGAGUCACCAUUCUUGCACGGAGCACGGAAUACCGGAAAAUCCUAAACCAAAAUGAGCUUGUAAAUGCACUGAAAACAGUAUCUACAUUUGAAGUCCAGAUUGUUGAUUACAAGUAUAAAGAACUUGGGUUUUUAGAUCAACUAAGGAUCACACACAACACGGACAUAUUUAUUGGAAUGCAUGGAGCUGGUCUUACCCAUUUACUUUUCCUUCCAGACUGGGCUGCUGUAUUUGAACUGUACAACUGUGAAGAUGAACGCUGUUACUUAGACUUGGCCAGGCUGAGAGGCGUUCACUACAUCACUUGGCAAAGGCAGAACAAAGUCUUUCCUCAGGAUAAGGGUCACCAUCCAACCCUGGGGGAGCACCCAAAGUUCACCAACUACUCUUUCGAUGUAGAAGAAUUUAUGUAUCUUGUCCUUCAGGCUGCAGACCACGUAUUGCAACACCCAAAGUGGCCGUUUAAGAAGAAACGUGAUGAGCUAUAAAUAUGUUGAGUCUGUUUGCAAAAAGAGUGUUUAAACACUUCCACACCCAGACUUAGAAUUAAAUCAGUAAGGCAACCUGUUAUUCCCUAUCCCCAAAUUACCUUUUCUAUGCCAAAACAUACCUUCAGGAUAUUGU